AUGCUGCCCGUGGCGGACCUGGUGAAACGCUCCGAUCCCGAAGGCCCUGAUGCCUAUGAUGCGGAAGUGGUACAGGAGUGGUUUGACAGCUACUUGCGGCUGACCUAUGGCGAGGACAGCCUCCGCUACAGCAUGAUCUGCCAGGCGCGGAGCAUGUCGCGGGUGGUCUUCCUCUUCGAGGGCUUGGAAGAUGCCGAGAAGCUGACCAAGGCAGUGGAAAGUCUGAUCCGCGUCCUGGUGCGGGCGAAGAACCUCGUGGUGGUGACCUCUCGUCCAUUACUGAGUGGCAGAACCUCGCUCGAGAACGAGUCCGAGCUGAUGCUCACGAUGCGCCUCGAGAACUUGUCGGAUGAGCAGAAGAGGAUGGUGGCCUAUGCGCGCCUGGGAGCUGCUGGCAUCAUCGCCUAUGACAACCUCCUCGCCAGGCUGCGGAUGUCUCAAAACGUCAGCGACCAGGGCGAUGAAGCUUCAAACGACGGGGCGGAGGACGUCUUCGGCAAUCCGAUGAUGCUUAGUAUGCUGCUCUGCUACCUGCAGACCAUGGGGCGCAAAAGCCCAGGGCCUCAGAAAGAGCGGGGGCCGUUGGUCGACCGAAGGGACGGGGCUCGGAGAACGGGAUGGCAGCUGCGACCUCCCAAGGUGUUUGUGGCUUGA